CCAGCGGAACGGGAUCAACAAGCUAUACAGCGAAACAAACACAGUCUGUAAAGCAAGUGUCGCUCUUCGGUUUCAUUAUAAUGCAAUAACCUGCUGCAUUGUAUGUACAGCAUACAAAUAUCUAUACUAGGCUGAUUUGUUGCCGUAAAAUGGUUCAUGUUCUGGAAUUUAUCGUAGGAUGCGUAGGAGCUCACUGACAGCUGGGAUGUAACAGGGUUUCUUAUGAGCUGGCUAACACAGCUAGCUGCCUAUAGAGAUCUAUGAGGCUGAUGCAUUUCAUUACAAGCAAACAGCAGAUGCAUGCUUAGGUGUAGAUAGAAGUAUGCUAGAAUGUUUAAAAAUGUGUUCGGAUCAGGAUUUCUGGUGAGAACCGCUCAUGUCAUCUUGACAUGGGUUAUAACGUUGAUUCUCUUCCUCCACGAAACCGACCUCCGCAAAAAGGAGGAGACCGGGGAGCUCACAUUGCCAGUUCUCUUUGUCCUGCUGGUCCUGGUCUCUGUGUUGCUGUACUUUGCGGUCUCACUCAUGGAUCCCGGUUUUGUCCAUUCUGAUGACUGCGAUUUGCAGUUUACUCUUGGUAUCACAGAGGAGACACAGGAUAUGAUUCCUCAGACCACCAAGUCACUACGGGUGCGGCGCUGUGGCUACUGCUUGGUACAGCAACCCAUGAGAUCCAAACACUGCCAGACCUGUCAGCACUGUGUGCGUCGUUAUGAUCAUCACUGCCCCUGGAUAGAGAACUGUGUAGGGGAAAGGAACCAUCGCUGGUUUGUGCUUUAUCUGGCUGUUCAGCUUAUUGUCCUACUUUGGGGACUGUACAUGGCCUGGUCAGGCUUCAGGAACGCCCCCACCUGGCAGCUUUGGUUAAGGACCAACGGUGUGCUCCUGGCAGCAGCAGCAGUGGUGGCUGUGUUGUCCUUGACAGUUCUUCUCCUCCUGGGGUCUCACCUGUACCUGGUAUCCCUAAAUACCACCACCUGGGAGUUCAUGUCUCGCCACAGAAUCUCUUACCUCAAGCACUGCGGGACAGAUGAAAACCCCUUUGACCGAGGAACUUUGCGCAACCUCUGGGGCUUCUUCUGCGGGUGGGAACCAGUGGUAUGGGAGCAUGUGUAUUUCAAGCAAGACAAUGAUCCCAUUUAAUUCACAAUUCCACUUGGAAGUCAUAGCUACAUUUACAAAUAACCAAUUAGAUUGAAGUUGAUGCUGUAGUGGAAAUUUUUCCAACUGUAUCGCAAUCCAAAAUUUUACCUACACCCUCCUCAGAGUGUCCCACUCCAUUUUGAAUGUGAUUUUGAAGUGCAUGAAUUUUGUAGUUGCAAUGAUGUUUAACCAAUUUUUAAGUCUUAUCAAAUAAGUUGGAAUUAUUAGUGUUUUUAUAACAGGUGUUUAAUGUGAAUAGAUACAUUUUUGCACAUUUUAGUAAAAGCACAAAAUCACAACAGUGUUUUAGAGCUGUAAUGUGGUUUCCUAUUAAUGCAAUACAUUGAGAUAAUUACUAAUCUUCUCAGUUUACUAUAUUUCUGCUCCAACUAAAUAUAUUUACAUUUUAUAUGCUAAUUAUUAUGUGCUCUUGGCUCUGCUCCUUUUUUUUUCUCCCCAUCUCUUUUAUAAAACACCUAGCAUAGCUGCAGAUUGCAUGGUAUUAUUACAUCAACAAUGGUUUUGUUCAGAUAUUGGGUGUUAAAGAACUUGUGAAAUACUAUGUUAUAUAAAUUGUUUUCUUUUUUACAGAAAGUUUUGUGUACGGUUAUGCUAGACGCCCCCUUUUAAGAUCAAUUUUAGACAGAGUAAUAAGAAGUUCUUUCUAGAAGACUCGCUCGCAGACUUGAGUGAAAUUUAAGAUGACAUUUAUUUGGUCUCUCUUUGGCGUAAGCCCCAACUGGCGGUCCGAAGAAGUUGUACUCAGAACUGUCAUAUCCUGCCGGAGGUAGGAGGCAGGGGUGAGGAGCCUACCCCCAUGCAAGACGGGACUCAACUGGUGGUGGUGGGGUGGUGGAGGUUACAGUGUCAGCACACUGAAACAGCAGUGUGAUAGAUUGUGAGCAGAUUUAUAAAGCAUUGCUUACAAGUUAUUUUCUAGGAGUUACCUAGCAAAUGGUGUAAUGAUGUACAGCUGCUAGUCUUCCUGCUAGAAAUAUGCUGCGCUUACAUUUCUUGUGAAAUAAUUUCCUUUAGCAUUUUAUACAUCGGUAGUGAAAUUACAAUAUGCUUGAAAUGUAAUUUUAUACCAGAUCAAAACUACCUAUUAAUCUUGCUUUUACCAAGUACACAAUAUCUCAUAAUUCCACUUGCUGAACAGAUUGACACUGCAACUACAGAAAUCAACAUAUUAAGACUUUAGAAUACAGAACAUAAGUAAUGUUCAUCAUUACAGAAAAGUGCAGUACUUGUAUUCUUAGAUGCAAAACAUAUUUAUGUAAACGGCCUUUCCUGUUACACAUCAGCAUCUUGAGGCAUGUGGCAUUCCUUUGACUGUUAGAUUCCUGUCCUUUUCAUUCAGAGCAGAGAAAGACAUUUUGUUAGUAAAUUGAGUACAGUGCAGUCCAUUUAUCAAAGUUAUAAGUCCUCAGCGCAAUAUAGUCAUAAAAGCAAUAAUUAUACGUUUUUCAUCUACAAAUUCCUUUAUAAUUUUCAAUUUCGUCAAAUCACUUCCAUAAUAUUUGCUCAAGUGUUUUAAUGUAUCAAUAUUAACGCUGAAAAUUAAUGUAUGAUUUGCACCGCUUUGAUCAAAGUUAUGCAAGUUUAUUUG